UAUCUCUUACUCUAUAAUAUAACCUUUGUCUUGCCUUUUAAGCACUCCCUUUCCCCCAUUUCUCUUCUUUCUCUCUUUACUCUAAAACUCAAUUGUCAUCUUAGUUUCCAAUUUAAGGAGCUAACCAAAGAUCUUCUUGAUCAAUGUCAAGAGAAAGGGAGAGAAUGGAUGAGAUGGGAAAGAAGUUAAAGACAGAGAUCAUUGAUGCAUCAAAUUCACAGCUAAAUAUGCAACAAUUACAAAUGGGAAGAAGACACGUAUUGGGUCCUGUUGCAGGAGGAACAACAUUGAACCAUGUUACACCUUGUGCUGCUUGUAAGCUUUUAAGAAGAAGAUGUGCUGAGGAAUGCCCUUUUUCUCCUUAUUUCUCCCCACAUGAACCUCACAAAUUUGCUGCUGUUCAUAAAGUCUUUGGUGCUAGCAAUGUCUCCAAGUUGCUCAUGGAGGUGCCAGUGGGACAAAGAGCAGAUGCAGCAAAUAGUUUGGUAUAUGAAGCAAAUGUGAGGCUAAGGGAUCCAGUGUAUGGAUGCAUGGGUGCAAUUUCAGCAUUACAACAACAAAUUCAAAAUUUACAAGCUGAGCUUAAUUCAAUAAGAGCUGAAAUUCUUAGGUACAAAUAUAGAGAAGCUGCCAAUAGUCUUAUUAUUGCAUCAAUUUCAACCUCUGUGGCACCUGAGCUGCCCCAAGCUCCUCCUACUCCGCCGCCGCCUCCACCACCACCAUCUAUGGUGGUGGUUUCGUCGUCAUCAUCUUCUACUUCUUCAGUUUCAUCUAAUUUGUACACACCAGCUUCGUCUAGUGUGGCAAACUUUAGUGCCAUUACCAAUAAUAGCAUAGCAUAUUUUGAUCAGUAAUAGUGUCACAUAAAAUGAAACAGAAGUGAUUGAUGUAUGUUAGUGCUGAGGUGGGGUCAGGGUGGGGAGGAAGAAAUGAAAGAAAGACAUUUGGAGGAUUUUAGUUCACUUGUUUUUCUCAAAUUUGUCACUGAUCAUAAUUAAGAGCAUUAUUAUAUAUACAUACCAUUUUGUAUCUCCAAUUAUGGCAAUAAUUACAGCUAGAGAGAUCUUAGAUAAUGAUGAUGAGUUAACUUAUUUGC